AUGGUGCAUCUUGAUCCGCUGCGGUUCUGCCGCAAGAAACGCAAGAUGCCACAGGGUGGCGCUAUCUUAGAUCAAGUGAUUUCACAGUCAGCGUCCGAUUCUAACCAGUGUCUGCUGUACAAGAUGGCCAACUACAAGCGAGGUGGGGAUCUGAUCGACGCGUUCCAGAUAGGUGGCCAGAAGGCUGUGGAGCAGCUGAUUCGUGAGCAGUUUGGAGUGUUCAUGUACAACAAGGGCCGUGGUCAGAUCAUCAACCGGGCGGAGUACCUGAGGUGGAAGUACAUGGACAACCACGAGGUUAUCAUCCCUAUAGAGGCAUCACUAUCACCACACGAUCCGCUUAGCAAAUGGGUCGAUCAUAAGGCAUGCUGGCAGAUGCAGUACCGUGGUCUUCUUGGCGAGAGCUUGCUGCAUGUGCUGAUCAUCUGCGACACGAAAAUCCACACCAAGCUCGCCAGAAUACUGCUGCGCGUCUUCCCAGAGCAGGCAACCGACGUGAUGGAGGGCGAAGAGUACCUCGGUGCAAGCGCCCUCCACCUCGCCAUCGCAUACAGCAACAACGAGCUGGUCGGUGACCUGAUCGAUGCAGGUGCAGACGUUUCCCAGCGAGCGACAGGGCGGUUCUUUCUCCCACGCGACCAGCAGGGUCUACGACCUGUCAAAACGACCGACUAUGAGGGUCUCGCAUACCUCGGUGAGUACCCACUAGCAUGGGCGGCCUGCUGUGCGAAUGAGUCUGUCUACAAUCUACUACUCGAGUGUGGCGCCGACCCAAACGCUCAGGAUAGCUUCGGCAACAUGAUCCUGCACAUGGUGGUCGUGUGCGAUAAGCUCGACAUGUUCGGAUACGCACUACGUCACCCGAAGUUGCCGUGCAAGAAUGGUAUCGUCAAUGCAGCAGGUCUAACGCCUUUGACACUCGCCUGCCGGCUGGGUCGUGAUGAGGUGUUCCGCGAGAUGUUGGAGUUGUCUGCUCGCGAGUUCUGGCGUUACAGUAACAUCACCUGCUCGGGUUAUCCGCUCAACGCUCUGGACACGCUGAUGCCGGAUGGGAGCACCAACUGGAACUCGGCGUUGUUCAUCAUCCUGAACGGAACGAAGGAGGAGCACUUGAACAUGCUGGACGGUGGUAUCGUCGAACGACUGCUGGAUGAGAAGUGGAAGACGUUCGCACGUAAUCAGUUCAUCAAACGGUUGCUGAUUCUCGCUAUCCACCUGUUUUGUCUCUCGUGUUCUGUUUAUCUCCGGCCGGUGCGAACUUUUUCGGAGGGUGACGGUGAGGUUGGAGAUGGUGGAGGGGCUGUCGCAGAAAGCCUAUCUGGUAGUGAGGGGGAUGGCGAGUUUGAAACCGACGAAGAUAUCGACCUGAGCACCUGGGUGCGAUAUGGCUUCGAGGUGGCCACCGUAAUGGGUGUGCUCAGUUACGUUGUACUUCAACAGGGAGAUGAGAUCAAGAAUCAGGGUCUGUUCUCCUUCCUCAAGUCACUGGGUCAAGCACCUGCGAAGGCGAUCUUCCUGAUCUCCAACAUCUUGAUCUUGGCGUGUAUUCCCCUGCGUAUGAUGGGUGAUACGGAGACCGAAGAGGCGAUAUUACUCUUUGCAGUACCGGGCAGCUGGUUCCUCUUGAUGUUCUUUGCUGGAGCAAUCGGACUCACCGGCCCGUUCGUGACGAUGAUCUUCUCCAUGAUCACAGGUGACAUGUUCACGUUCGGCAUCAUUUACAUGAUCGUGCUAUUCGGGUUCUCGCAGGCGUUUUUCUUCCUCUACAAAGGCCACCCAAACGCGGAGGAUAGCCCAUUCGGGAGCUACUUCGGCACAUGGAUGGCACUGUUCCAGACCACACUCGGUGACUACGACUAUGCCGACCUCAAUCUGACGACCUACCCAAACCUCGCGAAGACGGUGUUUGUCAUCUUCAUGAUCUUCGUGCCGAUCUUGCUGCUCAACAUGUUGAUCGCCAUGAUGGGCAAUACCUACGCGUAUGUCAUCGAGCAAGCCGAGAAGGAAGGUAUGAAACAGUGGGCCAAGAUCGUGGUCAACCUUGAACGGGCCGUCACACAAGAUGACGCCAAGCGUUACCUAGAGGAGUACUCGAUCGGUCUAGGGCCCUCAGAUGAUCCACGUUACGAAACCCGAGGCGUUAUGGUGAUCAAGAGCAAGAGUAAAACGCGAGCUCGCCAGCGUAAGGGCGCCGUCAGUAACUGGAAGAGUGUCCUGCGUGUGACGUUGAACGAGCUGAAGAAGCGUGGCAUGACGGGUGAAGAGCUGCGGCGUAUCAUGUGGGGCAGGUCCUCUAUCACGUCUCCGGCCAAGAUCGCGAAGAAGAAGCGACCAGGCGAGGUGGACGAUCUGCUUGGGGAUCCGUUCGCCAUUACGGCCGCUAUCGACGUGAUGUCCUUUACGCAGGACAUCGUUAUGGUCAGCACGGAGGCGGUUGGACCGGCGGUGAUGCCGGUGGCAGGUGCAACUCCUGCUGGUCGGCCAACUCCACCAACAGCCAAACCAGCUUCCGGUCCGAAGGUUCUUCCAUCGACCGUGCCCACGGCGACGGUUUCAGCAGGGCCUGCAUCUCAGCAACCACCUCCAAGGAGGCUCUCGACAGCAAGCGCCCCAGCUACAAUGGGAGGUCUCGGUGUGGAGACACGCCAAGACUACAAGGACCCUCUGCGUGAGCUUGUCAUCAUCUCCGAAUCGGCGUCCGUUGACGAGAAUUACGCGCAGAACGUGAAGACCCUCGCUAUCGACGCUUCCACGUUGGAUCACGUGCAUGAGAUCGACAUCAGCGCGAUACCAUCACCGGGACCUUCCAAUCGCCGUCAGGAUGCGGGUCCCCAGCAACCGGCCGGUCUUCAGCAACCUCCAGCAACCGGUCCAUCCGCUCCCCAGCAAAACAUCGGCCAACUAACGCUCUUCCAAAACCCCAAAGACGUGGUUGAUCCGGUACGGGAGCGUGAGUUCCUCAAAACCCUGGAAGCACUCGAGGACACAGACAGUGAGGCGGGCGAGAAACCGGUGCUGGGCAAGAUCUCGUUGAUCCGGCGGGCCAAAUCGGCGGUUUCACGAAGUACCACGCGCAAACGCAAAACCGACCAACACCCGCUGUUCAUGAUUGCAUGGGAGGACAAGAGCGAACAGGGUCGGGUGGGUGCGGGAGUGCCGGCUGGUGAACCACCGGUCACCGGUGCACCAUCCGGACCGGGUGAAAUCGCUCCCGAACCGGAUGCGGUUACGGUGGAGGAGCUACAUCGACGCAUGGAGCAGUUCCAUCAGCGCAGUCGUGGUUUAUCCGUACGGGAACGGGAUGCGAACUCAAGCGAGAGCAGUGGGAAGCAUGCGAAGGGCCGAAAACCGGCUCACCACCACCACCAGCAUGGACUGGGACGGGGCAAGCAUAACAAGAUUUCGCCAGAUAACUCGAACGAAAGCACCGGUGCUGGGGGUAGCAGCAACGGGAAGCCGGAUAAACGCAUGAAAUCAGCCCCAAUCCUGGGUGGGGCGGCUGGAACGACGAGCCGGAAGCCGGAUGAUGGAGCGGGAUCGCCACCGGAUCCGCUUGAGCCGUGGAGCACGAAAAACAUCAUGAACAUCAACAAGCUACUGGAUCAGGACACGACCGAGGAGUAA